AUGAAAUUCAUUUAUUUUAUCGCAUUUGUAUUAUUAGUUAUAGCAUUUAAUAGUGUGGCACCUACCCAUGCAAAAUCUAAUCACAAAUUUGUUGAUUAUUAUAAAUCUGUAAAGGCAUUGCAAGCAGAUUCUUCAGAGGCUCCUCCACAAGGAAGUGGAGAACAAGGUGCUGGAAGUGGAGAAAAAGGUGCAAAUAGUGAGGAACAACCAGCUGCUGGUAGUCAGGGAUCUCAAGCUCCAGCCGGCAGCCAAGAUGCACCAGCAUCUUCAACCACUGGCAGCCAAGAACCAGCAUCUUCAACCACUGGUAGUCAAGAACCAGCAUCAUCAACUACUGGUAGUCAAGAACCAGCAUCUUCGACCACUGGUAGUCAAGAACCAGCAUCUUCGACCACUGGUAGUCAAGAACCAUCAUCAACUACAACUGGAUCAAGUCAAGAACCAGCAUCUUCGACCACUGGUAGCCAAGAACCAGCAUCAUCAACUACUGGAGGUAGUCAAGACCCAUCAUCUACAACAACUGGAGAACCAGCCACCACAAGUGAACCAGCCUCUACAAGUGGGGCUGAUCCAACUACCACCACUGGAUCAGACCCAUCUUCCACCUCGACUGGAACUGAUCAAUCUACCACUACUGGAGCCGACCCAUCUACCACCUCAACAGGAUCUGACCCAUCAUCAUCUACCACUGGAUCUGAACCAUCUUCUACCACAACCUCAACUGGAUCUGAACCAUCCUCUACCACUUCUACAGGAACUGAACCAUCAUCCACAACCACAACUUCCAGCAGCACUGGAUCCGAACCAUCAACUACUACUGGAACUACAGCAGCUCCAGGAAGUUCAAAUGAUUCAAGUCAAGAAGUACCAACCUCAACUACCACUGCAGCUCCAACAACUACCGCUGCUGCUACUACUGCCACAACCACUAAACAAUCAACCACUGGAAACAAUCAAUUAAGUUCUAGCCAUGUUACUGGUGCUCCAACCACCUCUACUGACACUAACCACGACCAAUCAUCAGGUUUCGAAUCAAUCAAAGCAUUCACAUCUUCGACUCUUAUUAUUUUAACGAUUUCAAUCUUUUACAUUUGUUGA